AUGCGAGGUGCUCGCAACGCAACAUGUCUUACUAUCAGCAACUCGUUCAACUAUUUCCCUCCAGCUCUGUACCAAGCUCAGCUGAAUGGCAUGAUGUAUACUUACCCUAGUCCUAGCCAACUUUACAACUUUCAAGGGUGGCCUGAGAUCGAAGGUUUUGCAACUACGCAUCAGAACUUUUACGCUGAACAAGCGAAUUUAAAGGCCGAUUCUACUGCAACAACACAUGAAACUUACUAUGUGGAGGAACCUGAGGAACCUAAUUCGCCUUCAACAGCACUGCCUGAGCUUCCUGUUGCUGCUCCAAGAGAGAGUACCCGCUAUGCGGGCAUAAGAGAAACUAGUCAGAAAGGAAGGCACAAAGUGCUCCUCUACGAAAUUCCUGGCAGUCCUCGUGUUUAUGUAUUCAUGUACCACAAAAGAACUUCGAUGGAAAACACAUUCAAGUACCAAUGUGUUGAGUGCGCAAAAAUGAAGAAGUGCACUUCAGUGAAUGAAGACGACUUUCUGGAUGAUCCUGCCAUGUUAGCAUGUGUGCUUGCCGAAAGACAGAGCCAAACAUAA